AUGCACGGCAGUGGGCAAGGCCUGGCCUUCCCUGACUGGGCCUACAAAGCUGAGUCAUCCCCAGGCUCCCGGCAGAUCCAGCUGUGGCACUUCAUCCUGGAGUUGCUGCAGAAGGAAGAGUUCCGCCAUGUCAUCGCCUGGCAGCAGGGAGAGUACGGAGAGUUUGUCAUCAAGGAUCCAGAUGAGGUGGCCCGCCUCUGGGGCCGCAGGAAAUGCAAACCACAGAUGAACUAUGACAAGCUGAGCCGGGCCCUCAGGUAUUACUACAAUAAGAGGAUCCUGCACAAGACCAAAGGCAAAAGGUUCACUUACAAGUUCAACUUCAGCAAGCUCAUCAUAAUCAACUAUCCUCUGUGGGAAGUGCGGGCACCACUGUCCCCCCACUUGCUGCUGGGGGCCCCAGCCCUGUGUCGUCCAGCCCUGGUGCCCUUGGGUAUGCAGAGUGAGCUCCUGCACAGCAUGCUGUUUACCCAUCAGGCCAUGGUGGAGCAGCUGGCCGGGCAGCGGGCCCCCCAAGGGCCACCAGGGACCUCUGCGGAGAAGAAAGGGAGCAGCGGCAGCAGCCACCGACUUGGCUCUGCUCCAGGCCCCUGCCAGCCCGGCCCCUGCUGCCGUUUUGGGAGCCUUCGAGGCGAGCUGCCCAGUUUUGCCUCCUUCACCCCUCCCCUCCCACCCUCUCUUCCCUCUGACUGGACCCACCUCCCAGGACCCUUCUUGCCUCCUCUCCCCUCAGAGCAGCAGCUCCCAGGGUCCUCCAAGCCAGACACCCUGCUCCCAGGACCUGUGUGCCCCCUGGGGACCCUGCAUUUUCCAGGGCUUCCCCAACUGGCUAGGCUGGGACAGGGUGGGACUGAGAGGCUUGAGCUCUUGUCCCUUAAGCCCAAGGGGCUGGAGGUAAAGCCUGAUCCCUUGAUGAGGGCAAAGGGGUGCCUGGAUCCCAUGGGUGGCUUCUCACAGGCCCAUGGACUCAACACUGGGGAGGAAAGCCCUGUGUCCCCCAAUCUGGGGACUCUCAAAGCAAUGUGGCCCUUGGACCCUCCUUAG